AUGGAUCCAUCAAAAUUUCAUUUUGAUAUCGCAGCCUACAAACAAAGACGUGAAAUUGAUGACGCUUAUAUACUCAAUCGAUUUAGAGAGCGUCGAAAGAAAAUAUUGGAAGAUAAAGCACCUCGUACUAGAAAAUAUCUCAAUAGAGAUCAUGCAGCGGCAAACCAAAGACUAAUUGACGACUACUUUGCCGAUGAACCUACAUAUGACGAUGCAAUGUUUCGUCGUCGCUACCGGAUGCAAAAACAUGUUUUCCUUCGAAUUGUUGGGGACCUUUCAAGUAGUGAUAACUACUUAACCCAGCGAGUUGAUGCAGCCAAUAAAGAAGGUAUAUCACCUUUAGCAAAAUGUACCACAACAAUGCAUAUGUUAGCAUAUGGUAUGGCAGCAGAUGCGGUCGAUGAGUACAUCAAAAUAGGAAGUACUACAUCAUUGGAGUGCUCACGUAGAUUAUGUAAAGGAAUCAUACGAUUGGAAUGGGACGUGAUUGAAGAAGAUUUGUAUCGUACUAAUUAUUACGUUGCUUGUGUGUGUAUCACAUUUUAA